GUAAGCUUAAGCUUUAUGACGUCUAUGGAGGAACCGUGUCCUGCGUAGUUCAAGGAAAAGCGUUUAUAUAAAUAUAACGUUACGUGUACAGGACGUGCAGGUACAUUAGAUAAGGAAAUAAGAAAAGCCCCAUAAUAAAGGCGCGAUUGUGUCCUUCGAGCACAUCUUAUAUUCGGUGGUGUUUGGACCUAUAAACCGCUAAAAUAAACAUGAUCGUAAGCAAACUGAAUCCAGCCCUGUGUAGCAGAGCUCUCCGCUUCACUGUUGCAGUCACUGGGGUUCAAGGGCACGUCAGCAAACCAGCUCAUAGGAAUGAUCGCUAUUAUGCCACUCAAGCGGCCGAGGCAGUACUGGAUAAAGCACAGGUGGGCAGCAGUACUGCCGUGAAGGCCAAAGUUGAGAAAGACAUCAAAGCUGUGGAGUCCAAAUCUUUUGCUGUCAACAUGUUUAAGGGCCAGAUAACCACUGAACAGGUCUUCCCCUUCCCUUCAGUGAUGAAUGAGGAGCAGACUCAGUUCCUGCGGGAGCUUGUUCCUCCAGUUGCAAAAUUCUUUGAUGAGGUAAAUGACCCCAUGAAGAAUGAUGCUCUGGAGAAGGUUGAGGACCACACCAUGGAGGGACUGAAGGAGAUGGGAGCCUUUGGGCUGCAGGUGCCUGUUGAGCUGGGUGGUCUGGGCCUCACCAACACUCAGUAUGCCAGGCUUGUGGAGGUUGUAGGAAUGCACGAUCUUGGUGUUGGAAUCACGCUGGGUGCCCAUCAGUCUAUCGGCUUUAAGGGCAUAUUGCUCUUCGGUAAUCCUCAGCAGAAGGAGAAAUACCUGCCAAAACUGGCCUCAGGAGAGACAAUCGCAGCAUUCUGUCUGACAGAACCAGCCAGUGGUUCUGAUGCCGCCUCCAUCAAGACCACAGCCGUGCUCUCUGACUGUGGUACCUAUUACACCCUCAAUGGCAGCAAAAUCUGGAUCAGUAAUGGUGGGAUUUCAGAGAUCUUCACUGUGUUUGCAAAGACCCCUGUGAAGGAUGAGAAGACUGGAGAGAUGAAGGACAAGAUCACAGCCUUCAUUGUGGAGAGAAGCUUUGGAGGAGUAACACAUGGACCUCCAGAGAAGAAGAUGGGCAUUAAGGCAUCCAACACAGCCGAGGUGUAUUAUGAGAAUGUUCGCGUGCCUGUUGAGAAUGUACUGGGAGAGGUCGGAGGUGGUUUUAAGGUGGCCAUGAACAUCCUUAACAACGGACGUUUCGGCAUGGCCGCCGCUCUCUCUGGAACCAUGAAGGGAGCUAUUGCUAAAGCGGUGGAUCACGCUGCUAACAGAACUCAGUUUGGAAAUAAGAUCCACACGUAUGGUGCUAUCCAAGAGAAGAUAGCUCGCAUGGCCAUCCUGCAGUACAUCACUGAGUCAAUGGCAUACAUGGUCAGUGGAAACAUGGACAGUGGAGCUACAGAGUUCCAGAUUGAGGCUGCCAUCAGCAAGAUUUUUGCCUCUGAGGCAGCAUGGAACGUUACAGAUGAAUGCAUCCAAGUAAUGGGAGGAAUGGGCUUCAUGAAGGAUGCUGGUGUCGAGAGGAUAAUGAGGGAUCUGAGAAUCUUCAGGAUCUUUGAAGGGACCAAUGAUAUUCUGCGAUUGUUUGUGGCUCUCAAUGGCUUCCAGAAUGCAGGAAACCAUCUGAAGAAUCUACAGAAAGCUUUGAAGAACCCGCUCGGAAAUGUUGGACUGCUCACAGGGGAGAUCACCAAAAGAGCCAAGAGGAGAGCGGGUCUUGGGACAGGGCUGAGUCUGUCUGGAUCGGUUCACCCAGAGCUGGCUCAUAGUGGAGAUCUGGCGGUCAAAGCUGUAGAGCACUUUGGUGGUACUGUGGAGGAGCUUCUGCUAAAACACGGCAAAAAGAUCAUCAAUGAACAGUUUGUAUUGAAAAGAGUUGCAGACAGUGCCAUCGACCUGUACACUAUGGUCGUAGUUCUGUCCAGGGCGUCCCGUUCACUCAGUCAAGGCAUCCCGUCUGCCCAGCAUGAGAAGAUACUGUGUGAAACCUGGUGUGUGGAGGCACAUGACAGAAUCAUGCAGAACGUCAAAGAUCUUCAGUCUAGCUCCAGCAGAAAGCUCUUCAAUAACUUGAGAGAUGUCUCCACUUCCGUGGUGGAAAAUGGAGGAGUCGUGGCUCCUCAUCCUCUUGGUUUCUGAACACGCAAUACUCGCUUUUCAUUCACUUCGAGCCUGUAGUACAGUGACUAUUGCAUGAAAUCGAAGCUCUUGUCAUAAUCGUAAUGGAGAUCACUUGAACCCCUAAACAAAACUGAAGAUCGUCACGGUUUUUGGGUGAUAAUUAUGUUAGAUAACGCACUUUAAGAUCACAUUAAUCAAGGUAGAAAUGUAUUUGAACACAUCACAGCGCCGACUAUGUCCAAUACAAUACACUAUAAAUGUAUUAAUGGAGGGCAACAUUUGGUCUAAUAUUUUUACUCAUCUGUUUGUAGAUAAACUCCAUCCUCUGCGCUGUGUUUGUUGCAAAUUUAUAAAUAGUCCUGCCAUGUAUUAUUCAUUGUAUAUAAAAUAAUGCUCAAUAAGACUAGGAAUGUUGACUAACUUGUGUUGUCAGCCUACAGUAAGCAAGCUAUCUGAUAAGGCUCGUACUGUAAGCUUGCAUACCUAACACAUGUUAACACACUCUUAUCAAUCUUACCUCUUACGUUUAAGUUUAAACUGUCUCAAAAGACAUGGUAAUGGCAUAUUUAUUAUAAUGGUCAGUUGUCCAAGUACAUUUAAUGUUUUUUUUUCAGGGCAAAAAUGUUAUAACGAAUGUACUGUAUAUCCAAACAAACAUCAAUUUAAAGUACUUAUUGAGCAGCUAGAUAUUGACAAGGAUCUCAGGUUUUGUGUUAAUUCUGCCUCUUCUGCUUCACAUUCACAUAUAUACACCGUCUACACAGCUAUUGUCAUGUUUUCUUAAAUAUGCGAUUCAUAUAAAGAGUUUUAGACUUGCAUCAUUAAAUAUUAACCUGACAGAAAUGUGCAUAGACUUACUAAGAUUUAUGACUGUUUUAGUAAUACACAGAGGGUUAAACUCUCACGUGCUUCACAGAUGUGCCUGUUUUGGGAUGGCUACAAGAAAAGAGCUUUGGUUUAUUGUUAACUUUGUCAGCUGUCGGUGUACCAUCAGAUCAAUGCUGAUGGUGUGGUAAAAUCAUUUAAACAUUGUGACCUCUUUGUCCAUUCUGCACAUUUGUGUUAUGUAUAUUUUUUUCAACCUCUACUCAUUUUCUGGGGAAAAAAAGGAGCUAUACAAAAUUUAGAAUUGUAACAUAACUAUGUUAUGUGUAAAAAUGUGGCAAAAAUAAUAAAGUAUGGUUCACAUUACAAAAUG